CCCCUCCGUCAAAAGUGUAGUGUAGUGUAGCCCUCCAUGAAGUAGAUAUAUACACCAAUAUAUACUCCAUCUGCUCCUGCGAUCCUCCAUAAAAACUAUCCAUCUCCAACCCCUUCUGCCACUCGUUUACACUCAAUCCUCUCAGACUUUCAUUCCCUCUUUCUUUCAAAGUUCAUGCUGCUCUGAACAUGGGAAUUUGGAAGCCAGCUUGGUUGGAGGCUCUUGACACUCAGAAGUUCUUCGUGGCUUGUUCUCUUCACGAGAACGCGAAGAAGAAUGAGAAGAACAUUUGUUGUUUGGAUUGCUGCACUAGUAUCUGCCCACAUUGCGUGCCAUCGCACCGCUUCCAUAGGCUGGUGCAAGUCCGGCGUUACGUUUACCAUGAUGUUGUGAGACUGGAGGACCUCGAGAAGCUUAUAGACUGUUCCAAUGUUCAGUCGUAUACUAUUAAUAGCUCCAAGGUGGUGUUUCUCAAGAAGAGACCUCAGAGCAGGCAGUUUAGGGGAUCAGGGAACCUCUGCACCUCCUGCGACAGGAGCCUUCAAGAGCCUUAUAUUCAUUGUUCUCUGGGAUGUAAGGUGGACUACAUACUAAGGCAAAAGAAGGAUCUUUCCCCAUAUUUGAGGACAUGCGAGGCACUUCAACUGAGUCCAGACUUCUUCGCUCCCCAUGAUGCCGAUGAUGAGGCCAAUGAGACCACCCAGUCCACUAUUGUGGAAGGUGAGGAGCCCAUAGGCUCAUCAGACUCGGAAAAUCUAAGUAUGCCGUGCACCGAGUUUUUCCGCAAGAAGAGAAGCAGGCUCGCUGCUUGUUCAAGGUCAGCAAGCAGUGUUUCUGAUGAGGACAUGGUUACAAACAUGAGCAGAAGGAAAGGCAUUCCACAUAGAUCUCCUCUGUGCUAAGGGCUGAUUCUUUUGACUGCUUCUAUAUCCCUUCUUAUUAAACAGAUCAGCUUUUUCCUUUUUCUAUGGUUUCUGAUUCCAAGCUUUCAAUGUAAAGUUUCCAAAGGCUAUUUCAAUCAAUUAUUCAAAUUUAUCAUGAAAUGGAGCUCUUAUUAUUUAAGCUGUC